AUGAGUAUUCAGAGCAUAACAGCAAAAGGAGCCAAAAAGACAGCCGUAGCCGUUAGCACAUGUAAAAACACUGGGAAAUUUGAGAUAGUGGUCAACAAGAGGCCAUUGCACCUAUUCAGCCCAAAGAUGAUCCUGUCAAAGGUUAUGGAGCUGUUCACCAUUCUAGAUAAAAAGUACUACGAAGGCCUCUCUUUCAAUGUAGAAGUUCGAGGAGGAGGAGAUGUAACCAAGCUGUAUGCUGUCAGACAAGCACUUGCAAAGUCACUAAUUGCAUACUACGGUAAGUAUGUUGACGAACAGCUCAGAGCAGAUAUCAAGGAUGUUAUCACCAAGUACGACAGAUACAUGGUUGUAGCCGACUCUAGAAGAAAGGAGCCAAAGAAGGCCGGAGGACCGGGAGCCCGUGCAAGAUACCAGAAGUCUUUCCGAUGA